GAUUGAAUGGAAUUUAUGGAUCAUCCCCAGCUGCAACUGUUGCUGUACUUAUUCAUGAAAAACGAUGGUACAACAAAGAAUAUUCUUUUCUUGAAAAUAUUUUACAAGUUUCUGGAACAAUAUUUGGAUGUGUCUUCACACUUUCCAAUCUUGGAACAUUUUAA